AUGGCCAACCAUUUGGCCAGCAAGGGCAUCAUCGUGCAGCUCUGGGCACGCGAGGAGGAGGUGGUUCAGAGUGUCAACGGGAAGCAUGAGAACAGCAUCUACUUGGCAGGAAUCCCUCUGAGCGAGAAGGUCGUGGCCACGAGUAGCGUUGCUGAGGCGGUCAACGGUGCGGAGCAGGUCUACUUGAUCAUUCCGACGCCGUUCAUUGCCAAAUGGCUGGAGCAGAACCAGAGCUUCCUACCCUGGUGGGUUCCGCUGGUGUGUUGCAGCAAGGGCAUUGAGCAAGAAAGCCUUCGAACCCCGUAUGAAAUCUUGGUGGACGAGCUGCCCGGGAAGUACCACUCCAAGUUGGCGGUGGUCAGCGGCCCCUCCUUUGCCAAAGAGAUUGGCGUGGGUUUACCCACCAGUGUGACCUGUGCAGCGCAGGACGCCGAGGUGGCCAAGCAAGUGCAGCUGGCGCUGGCCACCAAGGCCUUCCGCGUUUACACCGCCACCGACGUCAUCGGCGCCGAGCUCUGCGGCGCGCUGAAGAACGUCCUCGCCAUCGCCUGCGGCGCCUCGGACGGCUUUGGCUUCGGCGCCAACGCGCGGGCGGCGCUCAUCACACGAGGCCUGGCAGAAAUGACGCGCUUGGUGGUGAAGAAGGGCGGUAAAGCAUCCACCAUCACUGGCCUGGCAGGUGUGGGAGACUUGGUGCUCACCUGUUCUAGCAGCUUGUCGAGGAACUACACGACGGGCCACACCAUGGCUUCCAACAGCCUUCCGGAGCACAAAAGCAAAGAGGAAUCGGCCAAGAACUUCAACAAGGAUCUCGCGGUGGCCGAGGGUGUGAAAACCAGCUUGGCCGUGCAUUUGCUGGCCGAGAAGCUUUCGGUGGAAAUGCCGAUCUGUGCCGCAGUCUAUGAGGUCAUCCAUAAAGGCGUUGACAUCAAAACUGCCCUGAGGAAGUUGCAAGACCGGCCGUUGAGAGAAGAGCAUGAUGAAUACCAAGGCACUUGGGUUUGGAGUGCUCUUUAA